UUAUGGACUCUGGUGAACUGCGGUAUACAUACCUAUUGAAAAGCUAUUGAAAAUAAUGUUUGAUCUAAAAGUAUUAGAAAAAGUAAAAUUAGAUCCGUCUAUAAAAAUAGGCGAAAUCAAUUUAUCAUACAUAUUUCGAAUUUUACCAGAAUUCGGAAACCCAUCUAUUAUUUUAUAUAAAGAGCGUCCUCUUGAAUCUCAAAGUAAUUAUUUAUCAUUUACGGAGCAUGAUCAAACAAGUGUUUUUGAAGUUACUGGAUCACCUCUCAAAUAUUCUUUUAACGACGAACACGAUGUUGAAGACAGUAUUAUUUUGUUUCAUAGGACUGGUACUGGUAUAUCGAUGAGGCCUACUACUAGUGGGCUAAGGCCAAUGACUGCUGUUAGAGGUGCUGGUUACACUAGUAGUAGUCGGCAAACUUUUGAUCCAUUAAAUAUGAGUAGCACUACCAAAGGACCUGCACCACCUCUAGAAACUGGAAAAGAAGACACACCUGAAGAGAAAAUAAAAAUAGCAGAGAAAAAAAUAAUGGAAUUGAUUGAAAGUUCAGUAGAAGCAGCUUAUGAAAAUAAUAUGAGGGUUGCCUUAGAGAGAGCACGAGAAGCUUCUUCAAGAGAAAGGGCUUUGAUUAGACUACAAGAACAAGCUGGACUUAGUGAUAGUCAUAAUGUUGAUUUAACAUUUGCUGUAAUUUUUAAUUUAGCAAUUCAAUAUGCCAACAAUAAUAUGUUUACUGAAGCUAUAGCCACUUAUCAAGCUAUAACAAAGAACAGAGUGUUUAGUAAUAGUGCUAGACUUAAAGUAAAUAUGGGAAAUAUUUAUGUUAAAAUGGGACAGUUAUCUCAAGCAAUUAAAAUGUAUAGAAUGGCAUUUGAUCAAGCACCAACAGCUCAUAAAGAUUUAAGAAUAAAAAUAAUGCAUAACAUUGGAAUGCUAUUUGUUCAAAUGGGUCGUUUGGAAGAAGCAGCUAAUAGUUUUGAAUGGGUCAUGAAAGAAAGAGCUGAAUUUAAAGCAGGCUUGCAUGCUGUGUUAUGCCAUUUUGCAUUGUCUCAUAGGGAUAAAAUGAAAAGAGCAUUUUUAGAAUUGUUAGAAGUUCAACUUAACUUAGAUCAGGAGGACAGAUAUAAUAUAAAUACUGAUGAUGUUGCAUCUAAUAUAUUGAAUGAAAUUUUAAGAAACGAUGAUUUAUCUAAGCUAGAGAAAGAAGUGAAAUCCGAAGCUGAAAAAACUAUUCUUUGUGCUGCAAAACUUAUAGCACCUGUUAUUGAAGAUACACUUACAGCUGGUUUUGCUUGGUGUGUCGAUGCAAUAAAGUCUUCGGCUUAUGGAUUAUUAGCUGCUGAUCUGGAAAUAAGUAAAGCUAUGGUGUUUUUAUACAAUCGAGAGACUCAAUUAGCUAUCGAUACCUUGAAAAUGUUCGAAAAUCGGGAAAGUAAAGCUAAUAGUUCUGCUGCCACUAUGCUUUCAUUUAUUUAUUUUCUUCAAGGAGAUUACGAUCAAGCAGAGAAAUGCGGAGAAAUCGCUCGAAAUGCGGACAGUUAUAAUGCGGCAGCUUAUGUCAAUUUAUCAGCGUGCGCGUUCAGAAAGAACGAAUUAAAUAUUGCCAAAGAGUUUCUUCUUUGUGCAUUAGAUACAGAUGCUAGUCAUGUACAGGCUCUUUAUAAUCUAGGAUUAGUGUACAAGAAACAAAAUAUGUACGAAGAAGCAUUGGAAUGUUUUUGGAAAGUUCGUAAUAUCGUUAGACACGAUCCACAGACUUUAUAUCAAAUUGGUCAUUUGUAUCAACUUAUGAAUGAGACAGAUCAAGCAGCAGAGUGGUAUAAUCAGUUGCUUGGUAUAAUACCUUGUGAUCCUGGGGUUUUGCAAAAAAUGGGAGAAAUGUAUGAUAGUGUUGGAGAUAAACAACAAGCAUACCAAUUUUACAGCGAUUCGUAUAGGUUCUUUCCUGCAAAUUUCGAAGUAAUCGAUUGGCUUGGAUCAUAUUUUGUAACAAUGCAGCUAGCUGAGAAAGCAUUAGUUUAUUUCAAGAAAGCAGUGGAACUUGCUCCUAAUGAACCAAGGUGGAGAUUACUUGUUGCCGCUUGCUUAAGACGAACAGGUCAAUUUCACAAAGCUCUCCUGGAAUAUCAAGACAUUCAUAAUAAAUUCCCUGAGAACAUUGAGUGCCUUAAAUUCUUGGUUCGCUUAUGUAGCGAUCUUGGCUUAAAAGAGGCUCAAUUGUAUGCGACAGAAUUAAAGCGUGUCGAAAAAGCAAGGGAACUAAAAGACAGACAAGGUUCAGCAAGACCAGGCUCAAGAAGGAGUAAUAGUGGCACAUCGUCACGAACUGGUUCCGGGAUGAGUGUAUUAUCAGAUCAUAGAUCAAGUCCCACCCAUGGUAGAAAAGAUAAUCAAAGUUUGAAUAGCGCUGGUGUUGGCCGAACCAACCGAAUUUCUACCAAUGAAAAUUUUGCAGAAACAGUAACCGAUGUGAACGAACAAUCAAAUAUUCAAGAUCCCAUAGAAAUGGUCGUCCCUACAGAGCACGCACUCCACGAGGCGAUACAAGUUGCGCCUUUGGUACUUUCGGACGAUGUGAAGCAGCAAAAGAUCGAGCAAAAACUGGCGCAGAUGAAAUUUUCAGCUGCGACCGUGAGGAAGAUCCAAGAAGUUUUCCUAUCGGAAAUGAACAAAGGAAUCCAUCUGCAACCAUCGUCGCUGCAAAUGGAAAACACAUACGUCCCGGAACUUCUCGAUGGGACAGAGGAGGGCCUGUAUUUAGCGUUGGAUCUUGGGGGCACAAAUUUCCGAGUGCUCCUUCUGGAGCUGGCACAUGGUACACCUAUAAGGGAAGAAGUGAAGAAAUAUCACAUUAGCUCCGAUUUGAGAGUCGGUUCGGGGAUUCGUUUGUUUGAUUAUCUGGCAGAAUGUGUUAGCGAUUUCGUCAUCGCUCAGGGUCUUCAGGAUGUAGAGCUUCCCCUUGGAUUCACCUUCUCGUUCCCAAUGAUUCAACACUCCUUGGACAUUGGAGUAUUGGUUACUUGGACUAAAACCUUCAAUUGUCCUGAUGUGGUGAACAAGGAUGCCGUGAGAUUGCUCCGCGAGUCUCUGGAUCGUCGUGGUGAUACCAAAGUGAAGGUUGUGGCUAUUUUGAACGACACCACGGGAACGUUAGUCCAAGGAUCAACGUUAGAUCCUGACACAGCUAUUGGACUUAUAUUAGGCACCGGUAGCAAUGCUUGUUACCUGGAACGAGCCGAUAGAGUAGAACAUUGGGAGACCGAAAGACACGGGGAACGUCAAGUUAUUAUCGAUAUUGAAUGGGGUGCAUUUGGAGACAACGGUGUUUUAGACUUCAUCAAGACAGAUUACGAUCGCGAGAACGACGCGAAUUCUCUUAUUGUAAAUUCAUUUACGUUCGAAAAGUAUAUUAGUGGAAAGUACAUGGGUGAACUUGUGCGAGUUGUGCUCGCAAGGUUAAACAGAGACGGACUUUUAUUCGUAGGUGAUCACACGCCUGGAUGUCUUUUAAUUCCUGGCAAUCUCACCAGUGAUUUGGUAUCAGAUAUUGAACAAGAUUCUGUGGACGGUGGUAGCUACAAUACGAAAGAAAUUCUGAAGAAGUUUGGUAUUGUGCCAGAUGAAGAUGACGUGAAAACCGUUCAAUACGUUUGCGAAGUAGUGUCUAAUCGGGCAGCUCUUCUAGUUGCAAUAUGUCUUGGGGUUUUAUUAAAGCGAAUCGACAGGGAACACGUAACGAUUGCGGUGGAUGGAUCUCUUUACAAGCAUCAUCCCCGAUUAGAGAGUUGGAUCAAACAGUACAUUCCAUUGCUAGCACCUGAUCAUAAGUUUAAAAUGAUUCAUGCCGAGGAUGGAAGCGGAAAAGGAGCUGCACUCGUUGCUGCAAUCGCACAAAGACUUCACAAUAGAAUAGACUAGUACCAGUUGAAAGUUUGAAAUACUCUGGCGUAUAUUCAGUUUUUCGUUACUGGCGUAAAGAAUUCGCAUCAGAUCUCUAGUUCAGACCUUGUUCAAAGUAUAGUAUAAUUUUAACGGCCAUGUACAGUCACAUUCCUUAUGUUAAUGAUAUAAUCAGUCAUGUUGUUGAUCUUACGCAUUCGGAGUUCUUGCAGAUAUAUAAUUUUUUUCUACCUUUUUUUUUUGUUUAUAUUUUUAAAGUUGUUGCGUAAAAAAUUGUUACACUACAAGUGUUGUUGUAAUUAAAAGCAUUUUAUUGUUAUUAGUUUCACGUCACAAAGUGAUAUUUGAGAGGAAGAGAGAGAGGAUGAGAGAAAGAGAGAAAGGGAGGGAGAGAAAGAAUAAGAUAAAUAUACUACUUAGUCUUAACGAGAAAGAAAAUCUUCAGGAAAAUAUAAUUCCAAACGGAAGCAACGUCGAUUUUAUUAAGCGUCUUCGAACAUUCGUGUACUUUUCUUAGUGCGCUGAUUUAUACAGCAUCUCAAGAGUUCAUAUCUCCUACCGAAUGCUUACGUUUGGAUAUUAGAAUUUAUUUUUCUUACGUUGUUUGAAAUACUCGCGUUGUUCUUUGUAAUUAGACGUCUCGUCUUUCAUUAUCGUUACGUAAGAUCUGUUCUGAUCUUACAUUCGUUAGAGAUUUUUUUCUCGUAAUGUUGCAGACAGAGAUAUUGUCCAUCAUCGACGUUUAAUCUUUUGUAAAAUCACAAAGAGGUGAAGAACCCUUUGUAGAGAAUGUUACCACGUAUGAUGGUAAAAUAUGGUGAAGCUAGUAUUGUAUAUGAAACAUCGAAAAUGAUACAUUUAGGAUACGACGAUAAAGCAUAGUGGGUAUAGGUAUAACCGUGUGCCAUUUCAACGAAGAUAAAAAGAAGGGUACAAUCAUGAUCGUUUUGUGAGAGCGAGCAUAUUAUCUCGAGUAUUGUAAGCAGUCUGUUAAUAUUCCCACAUUAAGAGCGAGACGGAAUUGUGACACGGACCACUAAACAAAGACAUUAGGGACAAAGUGAAAUAAGAGAGUAGGUACAAAGUAAGCAGAAAAAAACGCGUCAGUAUCCAAGAACACAAAUAUUUGUAAAAUACGUUAUUGUUAUAUCUUGUAAAUGAUCGCGAGGACGUUCGAUUUUUUGUACUAGAGGAACGAGGUUGUUAUAAUAAAAAUCGAAGUGAAAAUCAA